GCCCCGCCCCACGCGCAUGCCCCGCCUUCCUCAGUCACGGCGAAAUGGCGACGGAACACGGCGGUGCUGUGAACAUGGACCCGGACUUGGAGCUCCUUAGUGACGACGAACUUGAAAGGGAGGCAGAGGGCUUCAAAGAGCAGGGCAAUGCUUAUUACAUCAGGAAGGACUAUGCAGAGGCAUUCAACUAUUACACAAAAGCAAUAGAUAUGUGCCCCAAAAAUGCAAGUUAUUAUGGAAACAGAGCAGCCACGCUGAUGAUGCUCUUCCGGUUUAGAGAGGCGCUGGAGGAUUCCCAACAAGCAGUACGACUAGAUAACUCCUUCAUGAAGGGGCAUUUGCGGGAGGGUAAGUGCCACCUGUCUCUCGGGAAUGCCAUGGCUGCCAGUCGGUGUUUUCAGAGAGUUCUGGAGCUGGAGGCCGACAACAGCCAAGCACAACAAGAGUUAAAAAAUGCUGAGUCCAUCCUUGAGUACGAACGUAUGGCUGAGAUCGGAUUUGAGAAAAGAGACUUCAGGAUGGUGGUCUACUGCAUGGACCGAGCACUGGAGUCUGCCGGAGCCUGCCAUCGCUUCAAAAUACUGAAGGCUGAGUGUCUAGCGCUGCUUGGGCGUUACCCCGAGGCCCAGUCCGUCGCCAGCGACAUUCUGCGCAUGGACCCCACGAACGCUGAUGCGCUCUACGUGCGUGGUCUUUGUCUCUACUAUGAAGACUGCAUUGAAAAGGCGGUCCAGUUCUUCGUCCAGGCUCUUCGCAUGGCUCCAGACCAUGACAAAGCUCGACUGGCUUGCAGGAAUGCAAAAGCACUCAAGGCCAAGAAGGAGGAAGGGAACAAGGCCUUCAAGGAGGGGAGUUUUGAAGCUGCUUAUGAACUCUACUCUGAGGCCCUGACAAUAGACCCCAACAACAUCAAGACGAAUGCCAAGUUGUAUUGUAACAGGGCCACUGUUGGAUCCAAGCUGAAGAAACUAGAUCAAGCCAUUGAAGACUGCACGAAGGCCAUCAAGCUGGAUGAGACCUACAUCAAAGCCUAUUUAAGGAGAGCACAGUGCUACAUGGAAACGGAGCAGUACGAAGAAGCCGUCCGGGACUAUGAGAAGGUUUACCAGACAGAGAAGACAAAAGAACACAAACACCUCCUCAAAAAUGCCCAGCUGGAGUUAAAGAAGAGCAAGCGAAAAGACUACUAUAAAGUGCUUGGAGUGGAUAAGAACGCGACAGAGGAGGAGAUCAAGAAAGCGUAUCGCAAACGGGCCCUGUUACAUCAUCCAGAUCGCCACAGCGGUGCUAGUCCGGAGUUGCAGAAGGAAGAAGAGAAGAAGUUCAAGGAGGUGGGAGAAGCCUUCAGCGUGCUCUCGGAUCCAAAGAAGAAGGCUCGUUACGACAGCGGCCAGGAUCUGGAGGACGAUGGCAUGAACAUGGCAGAUUUUGAUGCCAACAACAUCUUCAAGGCUUUCUUUGGGGGACCAGGAGGUUUUAGUUUUGAAGCAUCUGGACCAGGAAAUUUCUUCUUCCAGUUCGGUUAGGUGGGGCAACCACCCAGCUAGCCAGGUUACUACACACAGACUUUACCACCACGCCAACCCCCCCUCCCCAAGCCUAUCGUCUGUAUAGAUGACUGACGCCGAUCACAAGUCAGCAUGUUGUCCAUGCCAUUGAUUGAAUGGACCUGAAGACACGCAGCAAGGAGUCAUUUAUGAAUUUUGAUUUUGACUUCACUACCGGUCACAUUUAUGAGCUUAUAUAGGUCCUGAAACUGAAAGCAAGCAGGGAGUGGCGCCUGCAGUGACCGUUGUGGUGCAGUGGAACAAGCAAUUACUGGGUUUUUCUGCAUGAUAGUUGGCAAGCAACGCACCCAUCUCCCAAAACCAUCAGUCAUGCGGAUGCCCAGCUGCUGCCCAGUCACACUCCGACCGCCCCCAUGUCACAGACUGUUUUUGCUUUCAUUUGGUGAAACAGCUGGAGCACAGAUCUACGUUUAGAGAAGACCUCACGGGUUUUGCCGUUGCCAUUGCUGCAUUGCACAUCUUACUGGAAUGUAAAGUGGUAAUAUGUUAUGAUAGUUGGUAUCUCCUUUUUUUUUUAUUUUGUAUAUUUAUUGUAAAUUUAUCUGUCAAUACAAUCACCAUUAUUCGAGGAGGAAGUUGUUCUCCUUACUUUAGAUCAAGGAUUAUUCUCUACCUUUAGCAGGAGCUUCCUAAAGAGGUUGUGCUUUGCGUUUCUACACCGUGACUCUUUUCUGAAUCAUCGCCUGUGUCGCUCUGUGGUGCGUUUUGUGAAAAAUGGGAGGAUGAUGUCUCUUUUGCUGUCAUUGUCAUUUGCUCUUAUGAUACCUUUCGUCUAUACCAGCCGGUGUCAAU